UCGUCAAAUCUAGUCUGUCCUCGUGUACGCAUGUGAGUGUGGGUGUAUUCACGAGGAACCCCUUUCUCCUAUUCCGCCUGAUGUAAUUCAACUUAUCAGCGGAUGGAUGGAGCACUUGUGGAUGCCUGGCCGAAUUUCCCAGGCAUAAAGAAACGCCAGCCAAAUGAAGACAUCAAGGGAAACCUAAAGACUUAUAACCUUUUUUCACGCUAUUUGGACGUCUUUGUGGGUGACGCAUCAACGCCCGUUUGGAGGUCGAAUUUCCGUUUCGACUCCAUCAUAACCGAUCCUCCUUAUGGAAUUCGUGAAUCAACCUAUAAAGUGGGUAGCAAGAAAAUCGCCCCUAUUCCGGAUGAGAUGCUGUCGACACAUUUUCCUUCUAAAACUCAGUACGGUUUAGGCGACAUCUAUAAAGAUCUUCUUAAUUUUGCCGCCAAUAGUCUCAAACUGCAUGGCCGACUGGUUUUUUGGAUUCCAAUCAUACGAAUGGAGUAUGAUCCAGACCUCCUACCUGAACAUCCUUGUUUGGAAACUAUAGCCAACAGUGAGCAGAUCCUAAAUUUGCAUUCCAGCCGUCGAUUAAUAACUAUGCAAAAGAUUAUGGAACCAAAGGAGGCUGAAGAUUCAGCAAUAAUCCACAACCUGCAGUACACAUUUCGACACAAGUUCUUCAAUACCAGCGAAAUCAAAGGACAUGGAAAGGAAGACGAAAGUGCGCGAAAUCUAACGAAAAGAAGCAAACGGGGAAACGGAAUAGCAAAAUUGCCAUGUGAUAAGUAACCUAACAGUUUUUUAAUAUGCAAUACAAUACACAAGUGGUCUAACAUCGCCGACUUUGAUAGGCGAAAUGAAAUCACAGAAAAUGUUUUCGGCUUGAAAUUGUGGAGAACUAAGUUCUAAAAGGU